ACCACUCCACGCAUCGUUCAAUUUAUUAAAAUAAGGGGAAUUAGGUCGCGUAUUUAUUUUCUUUAUCACAAUUGAAAUGAUUGCAAUCGCCUGAUUCUUGAGUUUCAAAUAAACGAAUUUUUUUGCAAAAUUGGGAUCAGCUGCCAAGUACUUGUCAUUGAUCAAAAUGGUGUUGCGGAAGGUUGCGGUUAUCAUUGACGUGAAGCAUUCUCCUUGUUCGUAAAAUAAUGUCUAAAAUGUAUUUUUGAAUUCACCUGAAAAUCUGCCUGUGAAAAUGUGAGUGCAGUGGUUGUUAAACGCGUUUUCUGAAGUUAUUCAUAUUUGUACUGUUUACUUUUGGGCAUGAAUGGACAAGUGCAAUCUGCACGAGAGAGGUUAGGUGUAUUUAGCAGCAGUAGUACUGCGUGGUUCUCCAGUUUAGUACCAACAGAUCAUGUCUCCAAUGUACAGCGAAUCAUACCAAUCGCCAAGAGUGAAAUCCCUCUGGAUGAUUCGGUUGCUGCUGCUGAAGUUGACGGCAAAGUGAAAACGAAACUACUCUCCAUGUGGAACAAUGUUAAAUACGGAUGGACCGUAAAAAUGAAAACGAACUUUUCUAAGGAAUAUCCCGUAUGGUUACUGGGCUCCUGCUAUCACAAAAAGCCUAUUGAGUCUCUAGAAAAGGCUUCAGAAGCCGUGGAUGUUGAAACGGGUAGUGAAAUUUCAUUGGCGAUAGACGCCGCUAAUUUUGAGGAGGGAAUCGAUGGAUUCAAGAGGGACUUUCUGUCUCGGUUAUGGUUAACUUAUAGACGAGAGUUUCCUAUAUUGAAUGGUUCCUCUUUUACCUCAGAUUGUGGCUGGGGAUGCAUGCUGAGAAGUGGACAGAUGAUGCUUGCCCAGGCACUAGUUUGCCAUUUUCUUAGUAGAGACUGGAGGUGGCAUCCAGAACAGCGGAUGGAAACAGCGGCGGAAAUGGAGGAGGAUGAGAAACAUCGGAUGAUCAUCAAAUGUUUUGGUGAUCAAGCAGGGCCACAUUCUCCCUUUUCGAUACAUACUCUUGUAUCUUUAGGAGCUUCGGCUGGAAAAAGGGCCGGUGAUUGGUACGGUCCCGCAUCCGUUGCUCACAUCUUGAGUCAUGCUGUAAAACUUGCGGCAACUUCUCACAAUGAGUUUAAAAAUCUGACGGCUUACGUUGCCCAAGAUUGUGCAGUUUAUCUCGACGAUGUGAGAAGACUAUGUGAAACUUCGGAAGGAAAAUGGAAGUCACUCAUCCUUUUGGUGCCCUUAAGGCUAGGAACUGACAAAUUGAAUCCUAGUUAUGCACCUUGUCUCACAGCUUUACUUAGUUUAGAAUCCUGCAUCGGGAUAAUUGGCGGACGACCCCGUCAUUCGCUUUAUUUCAUAGGCUAUCAGGAAGAUAAAUUAAUUCAUCUCGAUCCGCAUUUUUGCCAGGAAACAGUUGACAUGUGGAAGCCAGAUUUUUCCCUAUCGACUUUUCACUGUACCUCCCCUAGGAAAAUGCUGGUUUCCAAAAUGGACCCCAGCUGCUGCGUUGGAUUUUACUUACAUGACAAAUCAGCCUUUGAGAAUUUUGUGAAAAUAGUAGAACCGUUUUUGGUUCCAAUGAAUCAAAAGACCGACUACCCAAUGUUCCUAUUCUGUGACGGAAGUGGAGAUGACCUUCGGCGAAAAUUAGAUAUGGACAAAAAUCACCUCUCAUCUUCGAUCGCUGCCAUCGAUCGAGAAAAGAUUGAGGAUAGCACCUACCAUGAAUGCGAGGAGUUCGAGAUCCUGUAGAACAAAUCAUCUAGGCUUUAUAUAAAAAAAAAGUGCAUGUGUACUUAAAGUCAAGGGCAUCGGAUCGAUCCGACGGCUCUUUAGAUGGAAGAAGAACCUGAAUAAUGUCGAAAGGUUGCUCAAUGGUUACUUACAGUAUGCAGAAAGCGUUAUUUUUCGGUGAAAGAUCAAAGGCUUUUCAUUUUACGAAGACUUCUUUUCGUAAAGUAGUAAUUAAAAAUUGAAUUGACUGAUUGCCGCACAGCUUGCGUGGCGCAAAAUUAAAUUAAAAUAUUUUCGAGUCAGGAUAAAAAGGAGAAAGUACCGCUUCAUGCAAUCUAAAUUAGAUCAUUCUUAAAUGAGCUGUACAUUUGUUUUUCCUCUUUAUUUGGUUCAAUGCAUGCUAAAUGAUCUCAAAAUCGAAUAAUUCGAAUAUUGCUUAGGUUUGGUUUAAGAUUUUUUUUUUUUAAUUUUUAGUCAGCGAGAUCAAGUAGAUCGGUUGAAUUAACGAUGAGUAUUUUUCUUAGAGUAGCGAGUUCCCGACAGUCAACAAGUGGUUUCAAUAUCGCCAUUUUUUUGCCAAUUUGCCUUAAAGAACAGGCAACUUCAGUCGAGAGUUCGUAACCAAAUUGACUUUGCAUUGCAGAAACAUAUCGAGAUAGAAAAAUGCGAGUAGACGUGGCUAUGAGAAUCAAAUAGAGCAAUAGUCUUGUGAUUAAGUACUUAGAAAACUUAAUUUCUGUAUUUUAAGUUAUUUAUUUAUUUUCGGGCUUUUCCUAAACUUGCGAUUUUUUUUUCUUCGAGGAGGAAUAUUGAGGAACAAGUAAACGAUUCAAGAUUUAAUCGUUACAUCAAAAUGACAGUUGUUUGAAACUCAUAUAAAAGACGAAUGCAAAACAAACUAUGAGCUUCCGGAUGUCGAGGUCGAUUUCACUGGUUAUUUGUGUACUCGGUGAUAACGUAAUCUAUGUAAAAAUGUGUUUCAUGGAAUGGUAACAAAAUAUUUUAUUGGAACCGAAAAUUUUGAGUAUCUGAAUAAAAUUUCUUUUAAAAAA